AUAGUGGUUAUAGAGAAAAUUACAGAAAAAGAAAAAAGCUGAAUAAAAUCGCGGAUUUCUCGUCCCUCCGGAUCUCUCCGACUUCCAUUUUGGCCUCGAGCUCCAAAAACCCUAUCACACGGGAAAAAAAAUAACGUUUUAAAGAAAGAUCUUGCGGUUGCCAGUCAUGCUGGACUGAUGAUUUAAUGAUCACCUACGGCAUGCUUUUGUCAGUUUAGAGAUGGGAAAUCUCGUCUUCAACAACAAUAGUUGCACCGGUCUAUAUGGGGGAAAUAUGUGCGGCAUAGCCUAAUUUUUCAUUUGGAAAGCUUGUAUUCUUUGAUGCCGCUUGGAAAGCAAAGAGUCUUUUUUGAAGGGUAUUUGUAGGACUCGUAUUCCAGGCAUGAUGGUCAGCAAGCAGCAUCUGUUGACCUAUAUAUACCUUCUAGUUUACAUAGUGCUUUCAUCCGGAGUUAUUUUGUACAACAAGUGGGUCCUCUCGACCAAGUACUUCAAUUUUCCGUAUCCAAUAACCCUCACUAUGAUUCAUAUGGGAUUUUCUGGCGCGGUUGCAUUUUUUCUCAUCCGCAUUUUCAAGGUUGUUGCUCCUAUUAAAAUGACGUUCAAAAUAUAUGCAACAUGUGUCGUUCCUAUAAGUACGUUCUUUGCAUCAAGUUUAUGGUUUGGCAACACUGCUUACCUGUACAUUUCUGUGGCCUUCAUCCAAAUGCUUAAAGCCCUGAUGCCAGUGGCGACAUUCCUGACGGCAGUUGUCUGUGGCACAGACAAAUUAAGGUGUGACGUGUUCUUGAACAUGCUGCUGGUCAGUGUUGGAGUCGUCAUUUCCUCAUAUGGGGAAAUUCAUUUUAACGUGCUGGGUACAGCUUAUCAAGUUAUGGGGAUGUUUGGUGAGGCUCUCAGGCUGGUCUUAACACAAGUUCUUCUUCAAAAGAAGGGCUUAACAUUAAAUCCUAUCACCAGCCUAUAUUACAUAGCACCUUGCAGCUUUGUCUUUUUGUUUGUUCCUUGGUAUUUUCUGGAGAAGCCUGUAAUGGAAGUUUCACAGAUUCAGUUCAAUUUUUGGAUAUUCUUCUCAAACGCACUUUGUGCUCUAGCUUUGAACUUCUCAAUUUUCUUAGUAAUUGGAAGAACCGGAGCUGUAACUAUCCGUGUUGCGGGAGUUUUGAAAGACUGGAUACUCAUUGCCCUUUCAACUGCUCUAUUUCCCGAGUCUAUUAUCACUAGCCUCAAUAUAAUUGGUUAUGCAAUAGCUCUCUGUGGUGUCAUCGUGUAUAACUACUUGAAGGUCAGAGAUGCUCGUACAUCUCAACUUUCUCCCGAGAGUCUCCCAGACAGUGUGAUAAAGGAGUUGAAGAUGGAGAAGAAGACAUCUGAUGUAUAUGUCCCCAACGGCGAGGCGAACAACAACAGUGGUGGAAGGAUUGGUUCUCUUCCUGACUCAGAUGUGGAUGAAGAAGCUUCUUUGAUUCCUCACUCGAGGGUGUCUCAUCUUGGGAGAAGCCAGCUUAGUAGCCAUACAUCCUAGAAGCAGAGAAAGAAUUGCAAGAAAGUAGCCAGUCAAAGUACCACCAAGUCCUCCUUUUCUUCAAUGUGGAAAUUAUAUAUUUUUCACGGAACAUCUUUUAUAUACGAGUGUAUACUGAUUUAUUGUAAAGAUUCUGUUUGUUUCA